AAUGUCGAAAGAGCCGUCGCCAACGCAGACUUGGUCUGGCACCACUGCGCAGCCGCAGCUUCCCUUUCUCCCCGCCCCCGCUUCUACCGCGAGUCUGACGUGGAAGUCGCUGCCGCAAAGGACUCCUUGCUGGGGCCGGGGCCGGCGCCGGGGCUGGGGUCGUGGAGCCCGAGGAGGCCGAUCGGCCGCGGCGGCUCUGAGGCCCGAGAAGAAGUUGUAGGACUCGGGCGCCGCGCAACAAGCAGCGGGGAGCGGGCGCAGUCAUGGGUGGCUUUUUCUCAACUAUUUUUUCCAGUCUGUUUGGAACUCGGGAGAUGAGGAUUUUAAUUUUGGGAUUAGAUGGAGCUGGAAAAACGACGAUUUUGUACAGAUUACAAGUUGGAGAAGUCGUUACUACUAUUCCCACCAUUGGUUUCAAUGUUGAGACAGUAACAUACAAAAACCUUAAAUUUCAAGUCUGGGAUUUAGGAGGACAGACAAGUAUCAGGCCAUACUGGCGAUGUUAUUAUUCAAACACAGAUGCAGUCAUUUAUGUUGUAGACAGCUGUGAUCGAGACCGCAUUGGAGUUUCCAAGUCAGAGUUAGUUGCCAUGUUGGAGGAAGAAGAGCUAAGGAAAGCGAUUUUAGUGGUGUUUGCAAACAAACAGGACAUGGAACAGGCCAUGACCCCUACAGAGAUGGCAAAUUCACUCGGGCUUCCUGCGUUGAAGGACCGAAAAUGGCAGAUUUUCAAAACAUCUGCAACUAAAGGCACUGGCCUUGAUGAGGCAAUGGAAUGGUUAGUAGAAACGUUGAAGAGCCGGCAGUAACCUCACACAACGGUGACAUCAGGCAUCCCUUCUGGAACAGUCAAAAGAGCCACACACUACCACCAAAUGUUAAUACAGUUUCUGGCAUCUUCUGGACUGACUGAAACACUUGUAAUAUUGAAAAGAAAGUUUUUGUUCAAGGGAUAUCUUAUCUGGAUUGAACCAACUGAAUGUCUAUUCUGUAUUAUAUAAUCUUUUCUUGUUUUCCUGUUUUGUCAAGGUAGAGUCUGUUCAUUUGUAUGGAAUUUCUAGCCAGGUAUGGCUUUUGAAAAAUGCAUCCUUAUUGGAAUUAAAAUUUAAUUUUGGAGUUAGUGGCUAUAGCUUGUUUGUUGUAAACACUAAUAAAUAUCAAAACUGUCACUGUA